CUGGGGGAGCCAAUUAAGGACUCAGUAGAGGGGAGCGGGCAGUCAGAAGAAAUGGAAAUGGAAUAGGAAUUGAAUAUUUUAUUUGGCCAAAUGUGAUUAGACGCACAUGGAAUUUGUCUCCGGUACAGAAGCUCUCAGUGUGCGUGCAAAGCAAGAGAGUAAUAAUGAUAAUAAUACGAUACCAAUAACAGUGGGUAGAAGAGACAAGGAUGCUAAUCAUACUACAGGCAUACACCAUGGGUAAAUAUAUACGGAGACAUAAGACAGCAUCAGGAGAAUUAGAUGUUCAGAAGAAGGGGGAAAAAACCUGUCCCCGUGUCUAGUUCUUUCGGCAUGCAAUUAUUAUUAUAAUAACUCCGGCCCGGAUACAGCACUGAGACAGCUUUGGUCGCACUGGUGGAUGAUCUCUGGAGGGCCAGGGAUAGGGGUUACUCCUCUGCCCUGGUCCUAUUAGACCUCUCAGCGGCUUUUGAUACCAUCGACCAUGGUAUCCUGCUGCGCCGGUUGGAGGGGUUGGGAGUGGGAGGCACCGUUUAUCGGUGUUUCUCCUCCUACCUCUCUGACCGGAUGCAGACGGUGUUGACAGGGGGGCAGAGAUCGACUCCAAGGUGCCUCAUGUGUGGGGUGCCGCAGGGGUCGAUUCUCUCACCCCUCCUGUUCAACAUCUAUAUGAAGCCGCUGGGUGAGAUCAUCAGUGGCUUUGGGGUGAGAUACCAACUGUACGCUGAUGAUACUCAGCUGUACUUUUCCACCCCGGGCCACCCCAGUGAAGCUGUCGAAGUGCUGUCCCGGUGUCUGGAAGCCGUACGGGUCUGGAUGGGGAGGAACAGGCUCAAACUUAAUCCCUCCAAGACGGAGUGGCUGUGGAUGCCGGCACCUCGGUACAGUCAGCUGCAGAUGCGGCUGUCUGUCAGGGGUGAAUCAUUGGCCCCGAUGGAGAAGGACUAUGCCUUCAACCUUCCUGUUGUCGUGAAAGAGACCCCCCCAGCCCACGAUGGAGUUCCCCGAUCACAGCAAGAACUUGCUCCGAAAACUUUGGGAACAGCAACACGAGGGUUUCCUUUGCGACUGCACCGUCCUGGUGGGAAGCACCCGGUUCCUGGCCCACCGGGCCGUCCUCGCUUCCUGCAGUGCCUUUUUCCAGAUGUUCUACAAGGAGCGGCUGGAUAAGCGAGACUUGGUCUCCAUCAACAGUGAGAUCGUCACCGCCCCGGCUUUCGGGCUCCUGCUGGAAUUCAUGUACAAAGGCAGCCUCUCCUUCGGCGACAUGCCGGUAGAAGACAUUUUAGCCGCGGCCAGUUAUUUGCACAUGAACGACAUCGUCAAGGUGUGUAAGAAAAAACUGCAAGCCCGGGCUUUGGCCGAAGCCGACAGCACAAAGAAGGAGGAGGAGAGCUUGCUUCAGGCCCCCGAAAGCCGGCCCGUAUCCUUGCCCCCGCCUCACUCCUGCGACUCCGAGAAAAACAAAAAAGAAGAUUGGAACGUCGGACAGAAAAUGCCUCCUGAAGAAUUCUCGGCCUCCAUUUCGGAUGUUGCGGAUACCACCCAACCGGGGAUGGAGGCACCGUCCUCUGCUCGGCCACAUCCGCCACCCAUCGUGGACAUUUCUCUCUCCAGCCCGAGCAGCUCCACCGAAACUCUGUUGUGUAGCUCGUAUCCUUCUGGGAACGGUGCUGAGGGGACGUCCGGCUUGGACCCUCCUCCAGAGAGAUACAGAGAACAGCGAGUCGGACCCAAGGAGUCCGCAAAUCGAUCCAUCAGGGUCAAAGUGGAAGCGAUUGUGAUUUCUGACGAGGAACCGGAUGGAGUUGAACAGCUGGAGGUCCCUCCUGCCCCGGAGCUGAGGCUAGAAAGCAUCUUUCAGAAAUCUGGUGGGGAGGUGGGCUCAGGGGGCGGCUGCGGGCGACACCCAGAUGCUUUUGAAGAGCCCAGUGAGAUGGAAGAGGUCUCUUCAGAGAGCAGCUUCCUCCCUCAAGAAAAUGCCCCCUACCACUUGAUCCACAUGCCGGGUGGUCAGACUUUUUCCACCAUGGCUACUCCUCCGUUGCACGAACAGAUGUACUUGCAGGAUUACGAUUCCCACUCCAAUUUUAGCCUUUUUACGGAGGAUGUCCCCACCUGCAAGACGUGCGGGAAAACCUUUUCCUGCUCCUACACGUUGCGCCGCCACGCGACCGUCCACACCCGGGAACGGCCGUACGAAUGUCGCUACUGCAUGCGGAGUUACACUCAAUCCGGAGAUCUUUACCGGCACAUCCGCAAAGCUCACAACGAAGACCUGGCCGUGAAACGCUGCAAACACGACGUGGAAAAUCCGUCCUAGGGAUUUUUUUCCACAGCGUGGAACACCUCCCCGAAACGAGGAGCAAAAUUCUCCGAUCGUCUCCAUUCCUUGGCAGAAGAAGCCACACUACUGGUGUCUAAUUUUUCCCAUUCCUCCUCGGCCGGGUCGCUUCAUCCAAACUGUCCCGUCGGUACUGCUGCAAAAAUUUUAGGGUUGGGUUUUCUCCUUAUCGGGGAUUUCUAUUUUUUUUUUGCCAACGCAGAGGCGACUCCGGCCGUUCCCUGCGUCCGAUUUGAAAAGUAACUGCCGUAAACCAUCCCCAAACGAGGAUCGUUUGCGCUUCUAUGGGUCCAACUGCUGACACGGUGACUCUUCCGGGGUGUUUUAGCCCUCCCAAUGGUUUGGGGAGGUACCGGUGGCAGUUCAGAGUUUUAUUUGCGGGAAAACGGGAAAUGAUUGGCGCCCUUGUUUGCCAAAGGGCACCAGGAUCUGUUGUCGGUUGGGAACGGCACCAAGCGGGCAAGACUUGAUUGACAGAAAGGCGCAGGAUAAUCUUUUCAAAUGCCAUAAUGCUGCCUAAAGUGAGUUAAUAGUUUCGGACCCCACUGGAUGUUCCGAUCCUUGGGAGGAGGAACGGGCCUGAGGCCUCCACCCGCUCAAAUUGGGGCGGGGGGAAAGGCACCCUAGAACUCUUCCUUCCCCGCCUCCGAGCGAUAUCCUUUUCUCUUCCUCCUUUCGCAGCGACCACUGCCAUCCGCCCCGUUGCAAUUCUCGAACCUGUUUGUAAGUAGCUCCGGUGUAGCCUUACGGACCGAGACAACAUGUUCCAAAGUAAAAAGAACAAAAAAAUAAGAGGGGAAAAAAAAACCCCAGUGGUGAAAUCUAAAUUUCUUUCCUACCGGUUCUGUGGGUGUGGCUUGGUGGGCGUGGCCACGCGACUGGGUGGGCGUGGCUAUGUGACAAGGGGCAGGUCAAAAGACAGAAAUUCACUCACAAUGUCCUGCUGGAACAGGGUUGGGCUAGAUGACCUCCAAGUCCCUUCCAGCCCUGGAUUAUCCUCUGAAGCUACAUCUAGUGCCAGGUUUGUAGUCCUUCCUUCCUUCCUCCCCUCCCUCUUUCUUUUUUUUCUUUCUUUCUUUCUUU